AUGGAGAUUGUUGAAGAAGUUUUGGAUAUGAGUGAAGAAUCUGUGCCUAGUACUGUAGAUGUAGAGAAUCUGUCUGAGGAAGCCUCUGUCAAGUCCGUGGAGGUCAGAGGAAAUAUUAAAAGUCAUCACCAACCUCCAACAGCAUCUGCUGUUGUUGGAAAUAGAGAAGAAAAUGCAAGUUUUGCAAGCAAAUUUGUGAGCAAAUUGACAAAAUUCUUCAAACACAAGGGUUGGGUGGAGGAAAGUCAGGGCACGUUGCUGCUUCUCUCUUCUGUGAUAGCCAUAUUCUGUUUUCAAAACCUUCUUAACCCACCAAGAGGUCUUCGACAACAAAUGUUGAUGAUGGAGACUACUCCACAGAAAGACCAUGUUUUGAUGGAAUCGCAUUGCUUGGCAAUUCCCACUGGUCAAGCCAUAUCUACUCCUACUUUGGCAUAUUGUUGGACAAUGGAGAUUGUUGAAGAAGUUUUGGAUAUGAAUGAAGAAUCUGUGCCUAUUACUGUAGAUGUAGAGAAUCUGUCUGAGGAAGCCUCUAUCAAGUCCGUGGAGGUCAGAGGAAAUAUUAAAAGUCAUCACCAACCUCCAACAGCAUCCGCUGUUGUUGGAAACAGAGAAGAAAAUGCAAGUUUUGCAAGCAAAUUUGUGAGCAAAUUGACAAAAUUCUUUAAACACAAGGGUUGGGUGGAGGAAAGUCAGGGCACGUUGCUGCUUCUCUCUUCUGUGAUAGCCAUAUUCUGUUUUCAAAACCUUCUUAACCCACCAAGAGGUCUUCGACAACAAAUGUUGAUGAUGGAGACUACUCCACAGGAAGACCAUGUUUUGCUGGAAUCGCAUUGCUUGGCAAUUCCCACUGGUCAAGCCAUAUCUACUCCUACUUUGGCAUUGGAUUCCCUACAAAGCAUCGCAUAUUCAUAUUCAUCCUAUUAA